AUGCAAGGAGUAUUAGAAAAUUUGAGAAAUAUGAUCUAUGAGCAAGACAAGAUCAGGAAUAUGACAGUAAUCGCCCAUGUUGACCACGGAAAGACAACUCUAACUGACCUUCUCAUUGCUAAGUCAGGUAUGUUGUCAGACUCAAAGGCUGGAACAGCCCUUAAGACAGACACACUUAAAGAAGAGCAGGAGAGAGGUAUAUCUAUUAAGGCCACCAGUAUCUCUCUGUAUCAUGAAACUUAUGAAGAAGAGAAGAAGGAAGAAGAGGUUGUGCUUGUUCCAAAGCCACACAUUAUUCAUCUGAUAGAUUCACCUGGACACAUUGAAUUCAGCUCAGAAGUCACAGCUUCGCUCAGAGUGACUGAUGGAGCUCUCGUCGUGGUAGACUACAUUGAAGGAGUCUGAACCCAAACUGAAAUGGUUCUGAGGCAAGCACUCUCUGAAAAAGUCAAACCAGUCUUACUCAUCAACAAGAUGGACAAAGGUAUCAAGAGUGAGCAUGAUGUCGACCGAUUCUAUGAUCAGUGCACUAAGAUUAUCAAUGAAGUUAACUACAUCAUCUCUGAAUUCAUUGAUGAGGAAGAAUACAAGAUAGACCCAGCUCUAGGCAAUGUUGCUUACGGGUCUGGAUACUUCGGAUGGGCCUUCACCAUUCCUGACAUGGUUAAGAGAUAUGGUAAAGGUGCUUCCAGUAAAGCUCUGACUCUCAAGGAGACCAAAUCAUACCAUAAAUUUGUUGUCUCCUCUCUAAUCAAGCUCACCAACAGCAUUACAGAAGAAAACUAUGAUGCUACCAAGAAAAUGCUAGCAAAGAUUAAUAUAGAGAUUAAGGAAAAGUGCUGGGAAGAAGAGCAUUCUUCAGACCUACUUAAGAUCAUUCUCAAAAAGUGGUUGAACGCAGCAGACUGCAUUCUCAAUAUGUGUGUUGAACAUCUACCAUCUCCGGUCGAAGCCCAGAAAAUCAGAAUUGCCACUAUAUUCAGAGGCAAGAGAACCGAAGAACAGAAGGAGUCUGAAGGAGAUCUUGAAGAAGAGAAGGAAGGAGAAGGAUCCUCAGAAGAGACCAAGGGCAAUGUCGAUGAUGAUUAUGUCAUCGAAUCUAUGGAGAAAUGUGACCCGAACGGGCCAACAAUGAUAUUCAUUUCCAAGCUAUUCCCGCUCGAUCAAGGCUUGGUCGCAUUUGGUAGAAUUUUCUCAGGAACUGUUAAGGUUGGAGACAAAGUCAAAGUUUUCAACGGAGAAGACCCUAAGCCUCAGAUCAAGACAAUCAAAAAGGUCGGAAUAUGUAUGGGCAAAGAUGUUGAAUCUGUUGGAGGAAUGCCCUGAGGAAACACCAUUGUACUUGGAGGAGUCGACCAAGCUUUGAGGAAAGAAGGAACCAUUAUGUCUGAAGAUACCACAGCAAACACCUUCAAAUCCAUGAAGUUCUCAGUCUCACCUGUUGUUGAGGUUGCUGUAAGAUGUGUCAAGCCUACUGACCAACCUAAGCUUGUUGCAGGACUAAAGAAGCUAUCUCAGACUGAAUCAAUGGUCAAGAUUGAAACAAAAGAGUCUGGAGAGACUGUUGUCGCAGGGUCUGGAGACCUCCAUGUUGAGAUUUGCUUAAAGAGUUUGAAAGAGUAUGCUAAAUGCGAAAUAAUUGCUUCUGAGCCAACAGUCAGCUACCGAGAAACUGUAGUUGGAGAAUGCGAAUCAGUGCUGGCUAAGUCAUCUAACAAGUUGAACAGACUUUGGGUAUCUUGCGAACCUAUUGGAGAAGAACUGUGCAAAGAAAUAGAAGAAAAUGAACUUCUCAAAUGCAAGAAAGACGAAAUCCAGAAAAUCCUGAAAGAUAAAUUCGAGUUUGACCAAAACGAAUACAGAAAACUUUGGUCCUUUGGUGUUGGAGAUGCUGAAGCUAAUUGUGUCUCAGACAAAACAGUUGGAGCUCAACACAUGAAAGACAUCAAAGGAAAUGUACUCUCUGGAUUUAACGGAGUUAUUCUAAAUGGUCCUCUAACAGGAGAAAAGAUCAGAGGAGUUAGAUUCAAUAUCACUGACACCAAAGUGCACUCAGACCCAGUCCACAGAGGAGGAAGCCAAGUUGUUCCAAUGACUGGCAAAGUCUUCAAAGGCGCUUUGCUUUCAGCUCAGCCGAGACUGCAAGAACCAAUGUUCCUAUGCACUGUCAAGACUCAAGAAGCUUUGAGAGGAGAUGUAUACACUGCAUUAGGAAACAGAAGAGGAAAAAUUGUCUCAGAUGAAUACUCGAACGAGUCAACCAUUGUUGUGCAGGCUCACUUGCCUGUUGCAGAAUCAUUCGGAUUUGCUGAAUAUUUAAGAGAUGAAACCUCUGGAAGAGCUUUCCCUGAAUUUUCUUUUAGCCACUGGGAGACCAUGGCUUCAGAUCCUCUUGAAGAAGGAUCUAUGGCAAAUGAGAUUGUAAAAGCUAUCCGAAAGAGGAAGAAUCUUCCUGAAGAGGUCCCUGUUGUCGAUAAAUUCAUUGACAGACUCUAA